AUGAACAUUCCCGAUAACACCCCCAAUACUGAGUCGCGUUGCCUACGAGCGGAAAGCGGAAGUAAAGUUGUAACGGUGCCACUGGCUGUGGUGUCGCAAACAUCUGCUCAAGGGCAGGCUGGGGACAAAGAGCCAAAGGAUAAAAUCUUAGAGCGAAUCCUAGAACUAGAGCGGGAACUGUUUACUGUAGACGUGUUUAAUGAUCCGGUACGCUACAGAAAAGUACGAAAACUCUUUAAGAAACACAAGGCUCUGUUAAAGAGGGCUCUUAAGGGAUCUGUCAUCCUCCUCCUGACGUUCCUACGCCAGACUGAUAUGGACAGGUUCUACCACAACCACUACAGGGUUGGGGAGGGCAGCCUGUCUCAACAACUCUCACACAUCCUCAUCUCAGAACACCUACAGGACAAGGUCAAGGGUGCACAGCUGAUCGUGAGGCUCCAGGUGAAGCAUGAAGACUAUCUGCGGGUUCGAGGCAGACUGGGACAAGGAUUGGACCGUACCACUUCUGUUGACAACUUGCUGACCCUCCCACCCCCCAACAGACAAGUGGACCAUUCCAGCCUGAGAGCCUUAGACCUGGCCGUGGUUGGUAGAGAGGACCAGUCCUGUGCAGAGGGACGUGAUCACAACUCAACACCGAAGUUCCGAGUCAGACAGAUGCAGGCAGUUGUGAGAACAGGUAGGGAGAAAGCAGAAGGACUGGCUAGGCAGCUGCAAGAGCUUCAGAUCAAGCAGGGACUGACACAGACAGCCAGAGAAGAGACAGAAGCCACAGAAUACCUUCUGAGCAAGGAGGUAAUCAGGAGGACAGAGCAGAAGGAGAAAGCAGGGAAAAUCCUAGAACAGAAGCUAGAAAUUCAGCAUCUAAAAGAAACCAACAAUAGCAUGGCAGCUACAAUAGUGGAACUUACAGCUGAGAACACAAGGAUUUCCAAUCGACUUGCAGACAUUCCUAAACUCUGUGAAGAAGUCAGAAAAUGGAGAGAGAAAGACAAGACAUCACAGAAAGUCCUGUCAGAACAUGAAGUAGAAAUCCAGCGGCUCCAGGAGACCAACAAGAGCAUGGCAGCUACAAUAGAGGAAUUGCUGGAGGGCAAACACACACUGGCAGAUGGUUUUUCAGCUGCGGCCACAUCUCAGGACAGCAGGAAAUCUCUUCUACAAAGGUUUAUGGGUUUAUUUUCAUCAAGGGAGGACCGCUUUGAAACCCCGGCAGAUCCAGCUGUAGGAUCCGUUGAUGACGAAAGUGGCCCUCUUCGACUCGAUGGACGAAUAACAACAGGAUCCAUUGAUGACGAAAGCGGUCCUCGUCGACUCUACGGACGAACAACAAUAGGAUCCAUUGAAGAAAGUCCCAGAUACGACGUGUUCAUCUCAUACAGCAGUAAAGAGUCACCUUGGGUAAGGGAUCUACAAAAUGAUCUUAAACAAAAUGGUUACAUCUUGUGUUUAUGUGAAUGUGACUUUGGGGAUGUAGCCAACGCAAUUCACCAAAGCCGCAAGGUAAUAUUGGUCAUAUCCGAAAAUUUUAUCAAGAGUGGUUUGUGCAGCUUUGUACUGAACCUUGUUCGGAAACGUAAACGUGACCUAAAACAAAAUUGUGUUGUCAUUAAAUAUGAUGACUGUGAGAUACCAAGAGAGUUAGCUGAGCUUACAUGUCUGGACUGGGCAAAACAAACAGGCAAGGGAACAUUUUGGGCGAAGCUGCAUGAAGCACUCGGACCAGCGCUAGCAUUAGUUGAGGAAAUUGAUUAAGUCAUGCUGCCCUCCAUCACGGUGAUUAGGACACAUCCAGUUAGGCCCCCUGACAACUUAAACAUAUGUCAGGUAUUCUAACACUAGGCUGGAAAAGGGUCCAUGACCUUAUCACAUCUCUCAAUGAAAACUAUAUCAAUGAUUCUGGAACGAUUUGAUCUGUAAUUUUCAACACAAAAACUGGACUUACCCAAAUUUUCAAAAUUACAGUUCAACUGCUUUCCAGAAUGACAUCUACAGGUGAUCUUCAAGUUAUAUCAAUGAUUAUAUACGUACAGCCCCUGCCUUCCUCUUAAUCAGGAAGUCUGAGUCACUAACUCUAUGGUAGCUAACCACUUUGCGAAGUCAGCCACUGCCGUUAACCUUUUAGUUAAGCUAGUACGUUAAUUUGGUCAACAAGUUAAACUGUUAGCCUGGGUACCAUCCGAUUUCAACCGGGGCUCCUUACACUUGCUAUAAGUCGCUACCCUAUUCUUAAUGGUAGCGAGUGUGACUGUAAGGAGCCCCAGUAGAAAUAGGAUGGUACCCAGGUUAGUGAGCUGUUUGAUUAAGCUAGUAAGUUAGUCUGGUAAACAUGUUAUCUCAUUAGCAUGUGUUCAUGAGUUCACAUCAGUUAUCAAUUGAAGUAACAUUAAU